AUGGUCCUGGAAAUACCACGCCGACGCUUUAUGCGAACAAUAAACAGCAAAUAUAUCUAUGGCAAAUUUGUGAGUCUCUCCGGCCCAACCGCCGAUGUUGCGCAAUCGCGAUGUGUUACGAGCUCCAUCGUGCUGUGUGGCCAAACCUUGGAUCCCUCUGCUAACUAUCGUUCGAUAGCCCCUAUUGCAUACCAUCAUCUUCUUUCUGGAGAUGGCGAUGAUUUCGAGGCUAGCAGCGAAGUUCAACAGCUACUAUGGAGAACGACCAGGUACACAGAUCCAACCUCCCAAUGUGAUGUUUGCGUCUCUAACAACUACCUAGUUCUUACGAUGAUGAUCACAAACGCCGUGCUCGGUGGCAUCGCAGAUACCGUAGCACAGUCUAUAACAGCAAUUCGACUAGGCGCAUUGCGGAAGCCUGGAGGGAUAACAAAGGAUGAUACCAUGGCUAUUGAGAUUCAUGAGCUGGAUAGGAAGAAUCCCUUCGCUAGAGAGGAGCUGAUCCCGGAUUCGAAAGCUCUUCCGCCUCCCUUCGAUUUCGAAAGAUUGACUCGGUUUAUGGCGUACGGAUUCAUGAUGGCGCCAGUCCAAUUCAAGUGGUUCCAGUUUCUAUCGAGAGCUUUCCCUAUGACGAAGUCGAGCAGCUUUGGUCCUGCUAUGAGAAUGGUGGCCUUGGACCAGCUUAUAUUUGCUCCUUUUGGGAUUGCUUGCUUCUUCACCGUGAUGACCAUUGCAGAAGGCGGUGGUCGCCGGGCUGUAACCCACAAGCUCCGUGAUAUGUAUAUUCCUACGCUGAAGGCUAAUUUCAUGGUCUGGCCGCUUGUACAAAUCAUCAACUUCAGGCUCAUGCCAAUCCAAUUCCAACUUCCCUUUGUUUCAUCGGUCGGAAUUGCUUGGACCGCAUACCUCUCUUUAUCAAAUGCCGCUGAAGACGUCGAUGCUCGGUCAGCUCCCCAGUCGCCUAAUAUACGCUUAUCGUAA